GGCUGUGGCAUCUCUCCUUCCGCUUGCCAGUUCUGCCUCCCUCUCCGGACUAAUACAGGAUUAUUAACAGGAACAAGACAGAAAUGAGAGGAACACGGUGAAAAGUACCACCACCACCACAAAGACCCAGGACUCGUACUCUACAGGAAUGGAUGUGGGAAUGUUGGAGAUUCCGGCUGAGCUAUCGGCCAGACUACGCAGCGCAGCAGGGCGGCAGCACGUAUCAGGGGUGACAGAGGUGGCGCCUCCACAGGUGAAAGCACAAAACACCCUAAUCCUGCCCCUCGAUAUCGACAGCUACCCCUUCUCACGAUACGCCAACGCCACACUGAAGGAUGGCUGGUGUCAGCCACAGGGCUACUCCCUCCAGCGACCUUUGACUUCUCUGGAGCCUGAAGACGCUCGAACCGCUCUGGAGAUCCACAAACUGAUACUGCGUUUUGCAGGGGACAGUGAUCUGAGUGGCUGGCAGGAGCAGAUGUUAGGGAACUACAUUGUGGAGCAGGGCCAGACCAGACCCCCCCUGAGGGAUGAGAUCCUCGCCCAGCUGGCCCACACCACCUGGGGCAGAGAGUCAGAGGAGGUGGCGCUGCGGGGCUGGUUGUUACUGGCCUACUGCCUUAGUACAUUCACCCCCUCCCCAGCCCUGGACAAACCCCUGCUCAAGUAUGUAUCUGAUAAUGGUCCAGGUGAAUAUCGUUCUCUGUGCCAGCACAAACUCCUCACCUCCCUCAAGUUACCCUCCCCUGCCUCCCGCCUCCACCCCCCCUCCCAGCUGGAGUGGACAACCAAUCAGAGGAGAGGAAAUAUGGUGAUGGACAUACACACCUUCAACGAGGAGAAGAUGACAGCUGAGGUGGAGUCCUGGACCACAGGGGAGCAGCUGGCCUCGUGGCUGCUCCACUUCAGAGGGUUACCUGAGGCUCCACGGGGCUGGUCCGUGUCUCUGCUAGCUGAUGAGGGCUGGUCUGAUCUGGCUGGAUGUGACUUUGUCUUGGACCCGUUGGCUGGAGCAGAGACUGAUGCUACACUGGAGACCACACACACAGAGCCUGACUACCUGUUCAACAACGAGGGAGACGGGAUGAUUACAACAGAUCUAGAUGGCUUCAUCCCCCCGGCCCCCUCCAUUCCGGCCCCUUGUCUCCCCCAGCAGGACCGCAGAGACUACCAGCAGUCAGAGGGUUCUGGUCAGAUGGACUGCUAUCUGGAUGACCUCUUUGACCCAAUCAGGGACCAGGGACCAGGGGACCAGGAGCGUAUGGCCAAGUUGAACAGGAGGAUGAGAGGAGGAGGAGGGAUGUAUAGACCAGGUGUUCCAAUGACAAUGCCAGGCUAUUCUAUGGGAAUGCCAGUGAACCCUGCCAUGCAAGACUACGGGGCUCCAAAUGGAUCACCCCAGCCAGCUGCACCAGGCCUGGACCCCCAGCAGAUGGUAGCACAGCAGCAGGCUUUCAUCAACCAACAGGCCCUGCUCAUGGCCCAGCAGAUGACAAUGCAGGCGAUGGCUAUGUCCCAGCAGCAGACUCAGGAGCAGCAGCGACAGCAGCAGCGGCACCAGGCUAACCUUCGACCCGUCACACCCCCCCUCGCCCCCUCUCCCCCGGCACAGACACAAACACCCCCCCGAGCCCCUCUGCCGCUAACCACACCCAGCCAGAGGAAACCACAGAUACAACACUACAUACCUGAGCCGGACAGAGAUGUGGACUUUGUCAGUCCAGACCAGCUGGACUCUUUCAAGGGCAAGAGAGAGUUCUUCCAGAAGAUUGGUUCUCAGCCAAAGCCUCGCCCUGCUCCCAGUAGCCCCUCCAAACAGACCCUUCCCCGCUCCCCCUCCCCGCCCCCAGCACCCAGGACUUGGCAACGUCCCGGAGGGAGCCCCCCCAAACAGACCCUUCCCCGCUCCCCCUCCCCACCUCCAGCACCCAGGACUUGGCAACGUCCCGGAGGGAGCCCCCACAAACAGACCCGUCCCUGCUCCCCCUCCCCACCUCCAGCACCCAGGACAUGGCAACGUCCCCCGUCUCCUCCUGCCAGAGAACCAGACCGCCCCAGCCCUCCUGCCUCCCCGCCCCCUCCCAGCACCAGAAUCCGUGACAUCAUUAAACAGUACCAAAACCGCCCUGUCAACGAUCCAAAACCCUUGAAACCAAUCAGGGUUCCAGCACAGUCGUUUGUGAAGAAGAAGGAUCCUAAAGAGGAGGCCCUUUCUAUCCUCAGACAUACCGGACCUGUACAACAGCAGAAGAGACAGCCUCCCCCCGCACGGCAGCCCUCUCCUCCCUCCACCAGAGGGCCUCACUCCAUUUCCAACAACAUGAUGCAGAAACAGCGCUCCCUCGCCGACCUGUUCGGCACUCAGGGCCCCCCCGAGAACCGUCCGCCUGCUCCCCCCGGGUUCGCCCCUCCUCCUCCUCCUCCUGCCCUAGUCCAAAACAUCUAUGAGAGCUUGCCAGACCCCCCCACCAAGGCUGCCCCCACACUCAAUCUGCUGUCUGGGGUGGAGAGUGUCCGCACCCAACUCCACAGGUUCUCUGCCAGCGUCUACUUCUCCUACUCGGCUAUGCCUGGCAAACUGUUCCUACGCAAAGAGGUGUUUUACCCCAGAGAGAAGUUCAACCACCCCUACAUCCUCAAUCUCCUCUGUGAGCAGAUCAUGAGAGACACGUACUGUGACACCUGUGUGAGGAUCUCCAGAGAGGAGAGGAGGAAAAUGAAGGACCUACUGAGCAGUUUCCAUGUGGGUACAAGUGUCAGCUUGGUCCAGGACGACACCAUGAAGAAGAGGAUAGUGAUGGCUGCCAGAGACAACUGGGAAAACUACUUCACAAGACUGUUCCCUGUCAAUGGUGAUACCAGCGGGGACACCCAGGUAUUGGGUGUGUCUCAUCGUGGGCUUCGUCUGCUGAAGGUGGCCAGAGCAUCAGGCAUUAACCCCAAACACCUGAUCCUGCUACGCAGCUACAGCUAUGCGGAGCUGCUGUCGGUGAAGCUGCAGUCUGCAGACAUGGUAGAGUUCAGUCUGAAAGAAGAACAGCUGCAGCUGCAGAGCAACAGAGCUGUUCAGAUCACUGCUAUGGUCAGUCUGUUCCACCAAGAGCUCGUCGAGGGCUCGGAUCAUGUGAUCGCCCUGAAGAGCUUUGAGACGGUCGACAAGAGCCUGCUCAACUUCCGCAAGGGUGACAUCAUCAAACUGCUGCCCAUAGAUGGCCUCAAACCAGGUUGGUGUUUCGGUUCCAUUGGGGGGCGCUCGGGUCUCUUCCCCACAGACAUCACUCAGCCGUCUGCCCCUCCUGACUACCACCAUGUCCACCUUGACCGCCGCGACGAGAGGAGGAAGAGCAUGAGAGCUCCAGCCCCCAGACCCACCUCCCACAACGGCUCAGCACAGCCCAGCCGAGAUGGCUCCGUCCUGGGGUCGGCUCGGUCGGUUCAGGGUAGUGAGAUGAAUGACGUACAGACGUUCCUGAUGACAGAGUUUGCCAUGAAAUACUUUAGAGAUGCUGCCACGAGCAUGGAGGGUAGAGGUUUUCUUGAUGGAGGUAGAAACUUCUCAGAGAUGGUUCAGUACACAGAGGUUCCCGUUCAGGAAAUCUCUAUCCUGUACGUUGAUUCCGUGAUCUUAAUAACCUGGCUGUCCAGGCCUUCAUGA